AUGACAGAAUUUUAUCAAUUCAGUGAGUUCCAAAACACCAGCCCAAUUGGCGGCGACUUUUCUCAUAUGUCGAAUUUUCGUGCAUAUUGGCCUCGAAAAGAAAUCGAAGUCUCGCUUUUUGCAUAUUACGAUUUUGAGCUUGAUGAGUCUAGGGACUUUGUUAUUUUUCCUAAAGAAGUUUGUGUUAAAAAUUCUGGACUUUUAGGCUAUGCAAUUGAUCAUAUGUUCGGAGUAUUUCUGAUUAUGGAAAAAUGCGAAACAUCUCUGGCACAAUAUUUGAAGGAGAAUGAGAGUUUAGAUCAGGAUUAUGCGAUUUCUAUAGCUAAAGAAAUUGUUUCCGGUCUAAUUUAUUUGGAGGUGGAAGCAAAAUAUGAUAUCCAGAAUCUGAAUACAAUGAAUAUUUGGAUGGAUGAGAAUACACCAAAAUUUGCCCACUUGUUAAUGAUUCAAACACCCCCCGACGUUCCAAAUCUAAAGUAUAAUUUUUAUGGUUAUCUCAAAUUUAUCGAUCCAAACUUCAUUAAAGAUCCAGAUUUUGUUUGCGAUAAACGUUCAAACAUAUUCAGCCUUGGGAUCACUCUCGCGUCACUUGCAAGAAUUUCAGUAUAUGAUUCUGAUGAUGCAGAGCAGUUUGUGAUCAAUGUUUAUAAUGAAAACGCGCGUUGGAACGCUGAUAGGAUAUCCGUUGAAUAUGUUCAACUAUGCCAACGCUGUUGCGCGUCAGAUCCGGAUUUAAGGCCAAGUCUUAAUGAAGUCUUGCUCUCGCUUGUAAAUUUAGAAACAUGUAUCAAUCAUGUUAAAACAAACGCAUCAGAAUUAGAUGUGUAUUCCCAAGAAACGAAAAUAUUGGAGAAAUCGUCAGAAUCAAUGCUUCCCUCAUUUAUCAAUUUAGCAAAAAUCAUUGCAGAAAGUGAAUAUGAUAUCUUGGAAAGCACCUUAAAGAUAUUUGAUAAAUUGACAAGAAUUUUCGGAAACGACGACAUAGUAUUCAAGAAAAUAGAAAAACACCUCGCGAUAUUAGGUCAAACUCCGCAUAACUUUAUUGGCAUUUUGAAAAAAUUACGUUUUCUACCAAAAUGUGCCUGCUUACUCGGCUUCUUUAAUCAUAUCGAUCGCGCUGAUCUCAAACAAGCAUUUUAUUGGUACAAAGUUGCAUCAGAUGGAAAAGAUGAUUUUGGUGCAAAUCAGUUAGGAUAUUGCUAUUCAAACUGCAUAGGUAUAGGGUAUGAUGAAGAGCUUGCUUUUGAAUUGUAUCAAGUAUCCGCGAAAAGAGGACAUCCACAAGGAGUAUCGAAUUCAGCACAUAGACUUUAUGAACAAGAUGCGGAAAAGGCAUUCGAAAUGUAUCAUAGCAUCGCGAAAACUGGGUAUAUAAUUGGGCAAUUCUAUACUGGUUCAUGUUAUGAGAGUGGCCACGGCGUUACGAUAAAUCUUCGAGCUGCCACUUAUUGGUUUAAAAAAGCUGCUGAAGGUGAACAUAAGAAAGGAGCAUACUCUUUGAGCUCCAAUCUAAGAAAUGGUCAUGGAACGAAUGUAGAUAUACACGAGGCAAUUCGAUGGUGUCGAAAAGCGACAAGUAACGGAAGCAGAUAUGCUAGAUAUGCUUUGAAGAAAACUUUCAGGGUCAUAUAA